AUGAGAGACAUGGCAGGGGACCAGCUCAUGCUGCAGAAUGGCCUUCUGGGAGUGUGCAGCUGUAGGGACCUGGCAACCUCCCUGAGCUGAGAAUUCUCCAAGGCCCCUCCUCCCAGCUGCUCUCAGUUUCAGUUUUGUUUUCUUGUGUGAAAAAAGAAGAAAAAAAACGAAAGUCUACAGAAAUACUCCAAGGAGCAGACCAUGGAGGCUGACUUCCAGGUGUGCAGGAACUGCAAAAGAAACGUGCCCUCUCUCCACUUCACCCUCCACGAGGCCCACUGCCUGCACUUCCUGGCCCUUUGCCCAGAAUGUGAGGAGCCCAUCUUACAGUCAAAGAUGAAGGAGCAUGUAGAAGCUGUGCACCAGCAGAAUAUGCAGAAACAGUCCUUGAUAUACCUUCGGAACGGAAAGCCAAUAAUCCUUCCUUCAUCCCUUGCAAUUAUGGAGACUGAAAAGCAAACAUCCACAUUGAGGAAAGAUGUUCGUCCAAAGACAAAAAUUAGAAGCAGUUCAAGAAAGCAAAAGACAAAGGAUCAAAGUGACACAGCAGAUCUGCCUUUGAUGUCUGUGCUCCAGCAGGGGGCUGCUCUUCCUGCAAGAGAUGAGGAUGCCUAUGACAUCCUUCGAAGGUGUUGUCAGUGUGGAAUCUUACUUCCCUUGCCCAUUCUAAAUGAACACCAGGAGAAGUGCCUGAUGUUAGCUCAUCAGAAGAAAACCUAAUGAGGAGGGUCAUCUGGCUCCAGAGGAAAAGGACCCUAGGAAAAAGAGCAGUUCACACUGGCUUCCUUGCUUCUUUUCAUGAUGGUUACAACUUUUCUUUACCAAUCUCUGUAACUGAUUUUUUUCCUUUAAUUUUUGACAGUUUCAUGCAUGCUUACAAUGCAUCAUAAUCAUACUUAUUCCCAUUGCCUUCUCUCACCCUCAUUCUAUUCCUGUGAACCCCCUUCUUCCCAACAGUUCCCUGCUUUCACACCUUGAUCCAUGUGGGCCAGUGCUUGGCUGAGUAUACACACCCGCUAGCACACACAUGCAUUUGCAGGUCUUGUGCAAGGAACCACAGCUGAGGAGUGCUCACGUAUACAACAGCCAUGGCCAUGCUAAAUCCAGAAGAGCAUUUCAUAGCACUUUAUCUGAAGCCCUACUCCUUUGGCUCUCACAGCCUUUCUGCCUUCCACAAUGUCCCCUGGGCCUUAGAGGGGGAUGAUGUGUCUCUCAUUCUAGCUCAGGGCAGGAUACUCAACUGUCACUUACUCUCAGCGCUUUGGGGUGGUCUUUAUUUAGGAAAAGAGACAGCAUUAAUCUUUGGGCUUCAAAAGAUGACUUUUCUUUCUUCUGAGCAAGACUCUGUAGGCUCAGGAGCUACAUACAGACUUUCCACUCUUCCACUGCACUCCUGACUAAGCACUUAGGCUCAAUGGCUGUGUUGCCCAAGAGACCCCACUUUAUCCUGACGAAGUUUCUUCUUGUCCUCUUUCUUUGCCUUCCUCAUUGGUUUUCGGGGCAAGGCAUAUUAGAAGUGUGGGGCCUAUAGAGGAAAGGAAGGACUCAUUGUUAGAAUGUCAGUGGUUGUGGGAAGUUAGCAUGUUGCAGGUCCAGCACGACUAUCUUGAGCUAUCUUAGCCCCUUAAAUAGCUGAUUAUUGUCCCCACCUGUGUGUGACCUAACAUCCUGUGACUCUUGGGUAAAGCUUUUGGAACAUAUCCCAAAUGCUAAGGAAGAUCACCUGCUUUGCUGUAGCCGGCCUACCUGAUGUAUCACCAGCAUUUGUAAAGGGACUUUCUUGUUGUUACUAUAAAAACUUCACAGAAUGUAUUUGUCGGAACACAGUUAUUUGCAACCAACUGAGUCUGCAUUUCUGGGCUGUGAUCACACAUACUUGGCUCUACAAUAAACUAUUUCUUCGUUUUCUUUGAA